CCGCCCUGCCGAGCCGAGGCCGCCCGAACAGUGGCCGAACCGGCACGAAGCGGCCCAGUCGAGCCGAGCCGACGAUCAAGAGUCCGGAACCGAAAAGGGCCGAAGCGGCCCGAAGUGCAGAGCCGAGUCGGUCCGAAUUGGUCCGAGGCCGCACGAGAGUUUCCGAGCGGCUCGGCGCUAGUCCUCCUCAGCGCCAAGGAGGCCUCGCCGGCCGUCGUCCCUGGCCUACAGGGUCGCCGACUGUGGGGCCGGCUCUCGCCAGGCUUCGACGCAACGCAGCCCGGCCAGGAGAACCUUGCGCCGCACGCUCCGCCCGCCCCCGCCGCGAGCGGAAGCCGAGUCGGCCCGAGGCGGAGCCGAGCGGAGCCGAACGGCCCCGAGCCCGGAUCCUCCCGAGCUUCGGCUCUCCGCCUCCUCCUGUCCGAAAGUGCCCGAGUGCUGCCGGACUGGCUAAUCGGGCCUCGGCCGCGGCUCGGAGUCAACUCCAGAAUCGCGGCGCGGUCGGGCCCCUUCGGGAGCAGAAGCGAAAAUGGCCGAACGGACGCGGACGACGCCGGGCCGAGAGGCUGCCGGGAUCGCGGCGGACUUGGAGGGCGGGGCCGGGGGGCAAGAUGGCGGCCGCGCGGAGAGGGAGCACCUCCUCCGCCAUGCUCUCAUCGGUCCCCCUUCAAAUGCUGCUCUGCCUCAGUGGGAUGUGUGACUCCCUGUACUUCCUGGCGACACUCCUGAUGAUGACAUAUAAAAGUCAGGUUUUCAGUUAUCCUCAUGAGUACCUGGUCCUCGACCUGACUCUGCUCCUUCUGAUGGGGAUUCUGGAAGCAGUUCGGCUGUACUUUGGCACCAAGGGUAACCUGAUGGAGGCCGAAGUGCCGCUGGCCACCAGCCUGGUCCUCACGGUGGGCAGCGGCCUACUGUGCAUCUACUUCCUGCGCUGGCAGACCCUGGUGCUGUGGGCGGACUUGGUCCUUAGCGCUGCGCUCCUGGCACUCCACGGCCUGGAGGCCGUCCUGCAGGUGGUGGCCAUCGCCAGCUUCGUCAGCUAGUUGGGCAGUGCCCUGCCCCGGGAACAGCCCUGGACAGGAGCCCCGUCCUCGGCACCCAGUCGUCCCGCAGCUGUCCCCUCCCCCAAUGCAGAAUGGGAAGGGCAUUUUCCUCCUGAUUUGUCAUGCAGUUAGAGGACGGGAGGGUUUGGAGUGGUUUGUGAUCUUUUUGAUGGAGAAGGGGGUCAGGACCCAGCGCAGAACAAAAUGCUGGGGCCCCGUGUUGGGAACAGCGCAGGCGGGUCAGGAACUGCCCUGGGCGCUCUCUGGGGAGUCACAGGGACAUCUGCUCAGUUCCCGUUUUUGGCUGGUAAGGAUCUCGCUUCAGCAGCCAUCCUGACCCCUGAGGCCAGAGGGUGGACAAGGGCCUUAGAGAGACAGCCAGCGGCCCUGUGGGCUCUGGCCCGUCACCUUCCCUCCGGUGUCUGUGGCCAUCUCCCGCAGCUGGGCCAGGAGCCUGGGCCAGCCUGCUAGAUCACCAAAGGUACGGGCUGGGACGGCGCAUCGCCUUGCUGUGAUGGGGCCUUCCUCACACAGCUCUUUGCUUCUGUACUUUCCACACCGGUCCUAGCCUGCAGUGUUGAAAGCCCAGGUUAGUUGGUGGGACCUCUGCUUGGCAUGCGAUCUGGGGCUCCCUGCUCUCCUGGGGGGUCGGAGCUGCCAGCCGUGUGGGGCAGGGAUCCUCAGCCAGGGGCAGGCCAAGGCCCAGACAGAUCGCACUCUAGUUCCCAAAAGAAAUGCAGUCGAGCCAGUCAGCUCUGCGUUUUGGGGGAUUUUCUCCUCCGCCUCAACUCCUUUCUGAAGUUGGGGAUUCUGAAGAACGGUGCCCUGGAGACCCAGACAGGGGAGGGAGUAGGGAGCACCCACGGGCACGGCUCUGGAAAUGUCAGUCACUGUCAGUCAUAUGUGCUCUGAGGGCUGGAGGAGUCCCGCCCAGACUUGUCUGCCUCUCCCUCAGAUUUGCCGGUGCUCCUGGAAGGACAGUGCUCACGUUCCAGGAAUUUCCCUUUGUUUCUGUCGCGUGUUUCCUAUGUGGGAGUAACAUUACGGUCAAAUAUCUGGGCAUUUUCUUUUCACCAUAGUUUUUAAAUAAAGAGAUGUUUCUACUUCCUUGAA